CAUUAACUAAAUUAAAAUAGUUUUUUUCUUUAAAGCUGGAUAAUUUUUGCAGAUCAUUUGUAAACAUUGUACUCGAAACCCAGAUAAUCAAACCAGAGGACGAAUGUGGCUUCCUUCCACUAAUUAAAUCUGCGAAGUCGUCAUGCUCUUCCUCCUCUCCAAGCGCUCUCUCUCUUCUCUUCUCCUCCGAUCCACUUCCCAUCUCCGCGGCGAUGCUAUCUCCUCCUGCGCCUCUUCCUUCUCUAACCUGGACGGAGUAGGACGCAGUGGGAUCAGGACGUUGCAUUCUCUAUCUAUGUUACUGAGAAAUGGUCAUCUCUGUUGUUCUAAAGGAACCUUUCUUGAUCAAGAACGAGUCUUCUUGUUUUCCAUUUUUCGACGCUUCAGCGACGCCAGUGGCAGUGGUGGUGAUACUCCUCCACCUCGCUUGGACCGGAACUUUCUGGCUAAGCUAUGGGUCUCUGAUAUGAAAAAGCUAAAGGAGAGGGAGAAGCGAUAUGGGAAAGCUUCUACUACUAAGCAUAGAGGAGAUAAUGCAGUUUAUGAGCAGUCUUCUGAUGAAACCCAUUACAAGCCUACCCUGCAGCAACCGCCUGUUAGCCAGUCUAUGUCUGGUCCUCUCAAGCCUAAAACUUUAGAUGAGGCCAAAAUUGCAACGCUGCUUGCUCGGUCUAAUUUGCUGAUUACAAGGGACAUUGAAUGGGCAAAUCUGGUUCUUGGUUUCGAACAGGAAAACCGCUAUGCUGUAGUUGAUGUUUGCUAUCCUGAGGCGCCUGUGGGGUCUAUCAGGGAGCAAAGUCAUGUAAUUGCGCGGCAGCUGCUUCGUACCAGGCGACCAUUUGUUGCUUCCAUAACUGAUGCUUUGGGUAACGAGCUUUUCCGGGUUCGUAGACCUUUCUGGUGGAUCACAAGUUCAAUAUAUGCUGAGAUUGAUGGAGAGGAAAUUGGUGUGGUUCACCGACGAUGGCAUCUAUGGAGAAGAAUUUAUGAUUUAUACCUCGGGAACCAGCAGUUUGCAGUGGUGGAGAAUCCUGGGUUUUGGAACUGGACAUUCACAGUGAAGGAUGCUGAUGGAGAAGUGUUGGCCCAAAUAGAUCGUGACUGGAGAGGAUUCGGCUUUGAGAUAUUAACAGAUGCUGGGCAGUACGUGAUCCGAUUUGGAAAAUCUGACGCUGCAUUCAAAAAUGGCCCUGCUAAAAUGAUAGAAGAGUUACUUGUGAAACGGCCAUUGACCUUGUCGGAAAGAGCUGUUGUCGUUGCUCUUGCUAUUUCUCUAGAUAAUGAUUACUUUUCAAGACAUGGUGGCUGGGGUAUCCCGUUCAUGGCUGUGGGCGAGUAGCUUAGGUUUCAGCUUUGUCUUUUGGCACUUGAGAGCCGCCUUGUGUUGUGUUUCUCUAUCUCUCUCGUUUCAACUCUUAUGAAUAUCCAAGACUAAAUGUAACUUUGAUAUAUAAUUUGGGUUUAUUUAUAUAGUGAUGAUCAUUUUGGAA